GUAUACUAAAUUUAUCAGUUAUUAAUAUUAUUUUUAUAGUUAGGUAAGUAGAUAAAUAAUUGUGUAUACUAGAUUCAUAUUAUUGUAUUUAUUGUAAUUUAUAAUAUUGUCAUAAAUCGAGUUUUACAAAAAGUUACAGUAGGUACCUUUUCGUUUAAUAAAGUUUUCAUUUGUUUUCAUUUCGUUUAGUGACUUUUGAAUGUCUUAGCUAUUGGUUUUCCAUUAUGUUGCAAUGUGUAUAAGUUGAUAGGUAGGUAAUUAACAACAAUGUUAGAAUAGAAAGUUCAAAGUAUCUAAAUGAGCCCUAUAUAAGUAGUAUUUUAUAUAUAAAAUAACAAUUGUAUGUAUCAAUGGAUAUUAUGACAACUACUAAUUAAUUUAUGUGUUAUAUUUUUACAGGUGAAUAGAUUUUCAACAGAAAAUGUGAAAUAAUAAACAGUUCAAAACUCUGAAUUAAAUUUGUUUCAAAAAUGUCUUGUUUACCUGGUAAGUUAUAUUUAUUAUUAUGUUAUUCAUAUAAAUAGCUAGUUGUACGUAAUAUAUUAAACAUUGUAAAUUAAUACAUUUACAGAAACAGUAAAUAUUACUGACUACACAGAGGGCAAUUUGGACAACGCAGAUGAAGUCCAUUUAAAAUUUGUACCAUUUUCAUCUACUCUUGAUCCUGCUUUUUGGUUUAAAGUUAGUGAAUUUAAAAUGGAAGUUGAUAAAUUGGAUGAAGUUUACAGACCAUUAAUUGGAUAUUACGAUUCAAAAGAAUCUCCUUAUUUGACAUUAGAUUGUUCAUCAUUUAACCAGUAUAUAAUUCUAUGCAUUUAUAGACCGAUAAAUAUUAAAUAUCUAUUAUGUUAAUACUAUAGAGAACUGAAUGAUGAAGUAUCUUCUAAAUACGUUGCUCGUGGUUAUUGUUUGAAUAAAAAUACUUUAGAAUCUUUCAAAAAUUGUAACAAAACUGAGUUAUUAAAAGAAUUUGGUGAACGUAUGUUAGAUGACUUCCGUUCAGGUAGGGCUAUUGAGGACCCAUCCAUGAUUCCAGCUUUUGAUAUAUUAAUGUACUCCGUAAGUUAUUUUGAUAUUUUUCUUUUAUUUAAAUUAUUUUUGAUAAUUAUUAUGGUAAUUUAAUGUAAUGAAUCUAAAUUAAAUUUUAGAAUUUGAAACGAUAUCACUUUUAUUUUUGGUUUGCAUUCCUAUCAUUUGCUGAGCCAAAAUAUAGUUUGAUAAAUAUGCCUACUUGUCUUGAAAAUAUAUUUUCUGACACUCAAGUAAAUAUUACAUAAUAAUAAUUUAUUAUAUUGUCUUUAUUAUAGGUUAUUUUUAUAUUAUAGUUUGAUUUAUUGGUUUCUGGUUUCAAAAAUCUAAACAUUAUUCAAAGAGGAUUUUUUGGAAUUAUACAUUCUGAAAGUGGAGACAUUAGAGUUAUUACUUUAAAACAAUAUAUAGAUGUACUUGGACAUGAUGUAGAAAGUGAAUCAAAAGGCUUUUUAGUGUUUGCUGAUCCAUCAGAUUUAAUAGAUUAUCCUGGAUGGCCUCUAAGAAAUCUUUUGUACUUAGUUUUUAUGCAUUGGUAAGAUUUAUUUAUACUGGUGACAAUUUAGAGAUUCAAAGUUUUAGAUAAUGAUUUUAUUUGUUAAUCCUGUUUUUAAAUAUACAAACCUUUACAAUAUAAUAUAUUGAUAGUAAUUUGAUAUAUUAUCUACAGUCAUUUUGAAAGUAUUACAAUCAUUGAUUACUUAAAAAUUAAAAUGUAUUAUAACCAAAAUACAAUUUUUAAUACUAUAUUCUUCUACUUUGCGCAUUCAAUAUAGCAUAUCUCCAUUCCAAUUAAUACAAUAUUUGGAGUUUCUCAAGAUGAACAAAUUUUCAUUUGUCUUUGCUAUUAUUUAAUUUGUACAUACAUUUUGUUUUUAUAGUAGUUAAUUCUUACUUUUUGCGGAUGUCUUGAAAUUAUAUAAAGUUAUUACUUUUGUCAAUGACAAUAAAAAUUUGCAAAUGACUAUUAUUUUGAGAAUUGGUGUACCAAUAACAGCCUUAUACUAAAUUUUUAUAAAUUUUAUUUUAAAUUUAAGAAAAUUUACCAAAUUGAUGUGAUUUGUUAAUUUGUUAUAUUAAUUUAUAAGUAAUACUUAUUAGAAUUUAAAAUGUACAGUAUUAUUACUAUUAUAAUAAAACUUAAGAAAAAAAAUGUCUUAGUAGGUAUAAAGUUUUAUAUGUUUUAGUCAUUCUAUACGUUUAAUAUGUAUAACAUAUAAAACAUUUUAUAUGCGUAUAUUAUCAACCCUGCAAAAAUGCAAUUGAAAUAGAAAGACAUAGAAAGAUGAAAUAAAAAUAUGAUAAUAAAUAGAGAAAUAGUACAUCAGAAUAACUUAUAAAUUAAUAGACGGAUCUUCGUCGGAAAUACUCAUCAUCCUAUAAAGUGGGCGAUUACGGGAAAAGUUUGUCGAACACAAAGGCACAGAGAAAAUAUAGGAAGACUUGUUUGCUGUAGUAAUCUCUUUACUUUUGAUUACAGCCUAAACGAUAAACUUCUAAAAUUUAUUAAGGACCUAGGAGUGACCUUCACAAAUAAUUUACAGUUUAAUAGCUAUAUUCUUUCUGUUUGUAAUAAGGCUUCCCAUACCCUUGGUUUUGUUUGUUGUAACUCAGCUAACUUCAAUAAUGUGUCUCUUAUAAGUAUAUUAUAUUGUGCUUUGGUAAGAUAUUUGCUUGGAUAUGGUUGUGUUGUGUGGUCUCCUUUUUAAAAAUAUCUUAUUUUAAUUUUAUUGAAAGUACGGGCAGGUAGCUCAAUGGUUUGAUUAUAUUAAAUUAUGAACUAUUAAUUGUUAGUUAUUUAAAAUAAAAUAAAAAAAAAAAAGGUUUUUGUACCUUUUAUAUCAAACUGUAUAUUUUAAAUAAUAUAAAAAGUCUAUAACAUUCCCUUCAAAAUUAAGCUAGUUUUACUUAUUCUGUGUUGUAAGCAUUAUUUUUGCAUUGUAUCCGGUAGUUGGACUAAAAAAGUAGAUACAGGUAUAACAUCCUCUUAAAUAUAAAACAAGCCAUUCUUUUGAUGCCAAAUAAAAGCUGAUAUAUAUUGUUUAUACACAAUUUAGUUAGUGGAAAUUGUUCCAUGUUACUAAAUUCUGUUUAAAAUUUUCAAUCACCAACCAAUUUUUAUAGUCACCAGACUAAUCAUGGUAGCGUAGUACCCUCAUUUAAAUGAUGAAACUUAUCAAUAAUAAUUGUGACUUUUCUAUAAUCGUUUAAGUUUUUAAUUUUUAAUAAUUUCAACACAUUUUAUAGUAAUACAAAGGUUAGGUUAGGUUAGUAUGAAAACAUCCAAUAAUAUUUAUAUAUAACCAGAUUAUCUGCAUAUAUUGCACAAUUGUAAACAUUCAUUUAUCUGUUAUCAACUAUCAUUUUCAUAUUUUUUAAUUAUAAACAUUUAAACAAUUAUCUAUUUUAUUAAUAAUUGUUUAAAAUGUUGAGAAAUAAAUGGUUGUUUUAAUAAAGUUAUAUAUUAGUUUUAAGAUCUCAAAUUUGUUUUUGUUUAAUUAUUAUUACAUGAUUUUAUUUUAUUUGUAAUUUUUUGGUUCUCACCAGUAAUUUCACUAUCCCAUUUUUUCACGACCUCACCAAUUGCUCAGUCGAGCUUUUUAAUUAUAGGCAUAUUAUUUAAAAGCUUAGCUUUCUAUCAUUGUUACUCUUCGCCCUCAAGAAUGAGAGGCUAUUAAAUUGUACAAUAAAAAGUAAAUAAGCAAAAAAAUAAAAUUAAUCCUACAAAAGUCUUUUGACUUAAGUCAAAAAACAUUUAUACACACACUUUUACCAAAAAAAAAUCUGAUCAAAUUAUGUUAAGUAGCACAUUAAAUUAUUACUAAUUUUUAUAUCUAGCAGUUAAUAUUUAAUACAUUUAUAAAAUAAAUACAUUUGAUUCAUUACUAUUAGGUGUUUGAUAAUUUAUUUGACUUUUGAACUAAUUGAAACAUCUUGAGUUUUGUUAAAUUUAGUUGAAAUAUCACUAGGAUUAGAACAAUGAUAUAUAAUUUAAAAAUAUUAUUUCUUUUUAAUACAUAAUUUAGUAAUAAUAAACUAUAUAUGCUGUUUGUAAAAUUAUUGUAUAAUGUUACUUUUUACUAUAGUCCUUCCAUAAGAACUUCAAUAUUGAAAGUCAUUGCUUUACGAGGGUCUCCUACUAGUAAAUUUUCACCAAGCAUGUUGUUUAAUAUCAAAUUGUCUUGUAAGUCAUUAUACAAUUGUUAUGAGAUAAAAAAUAUUUAUUAAUUUGUUAAUAUUUAGCCAAUAUUGAAGUUGUUGGUAAUCAAGAUUGUAUUACAUUUGUGGGCUGGGAGAAAAUUAAAGGGAAAUUCUGUCCUAAAUAUGUAGAUCUUAGUAAAACAAUGGACCCUAAAAAGUAAGUUAAUUUUAAAAUAUGCCCUAGUUGUAUUUAUAUUGUUGAUAAAAUUGUGUAGGCAAGCGAGUGAAUCUGUAAAUCUCAACCUUAAGUUAAUGAAAUGGCGCGUUGCCCCUAAUUUAAACUUGGACGUUAUUGCUCAAUCAAGAUGUCUAAUUAUUGGUGCUGGUACACUAGGUUGUUGUGUUGCUAGAAAUUUAUUGGUGGGUAUUACAAAUAUUUAAAAUUUUAAUCUAAAAUAUCCAAAAGUAAAUUAAGUAAUUUAAUUUGUAAACAAAUUAUAUUAAUUAUUUUUGUAUUACAGUCAUGGGGUGUACAAAACAUAACAUUUAUUGAUAAUGGUUAUGUAUCAUAUUCAAAUCCAGUGAGGCAGUCAUUAUACACGCAUUCUCAUUGCCCAAAUAGUUAUAAGGCAAUAGCUGCCGCUAACACUCUACGUGAAAUACAUCCAGGAAUUGUAUGUAUCAAUAAAUAUUAAAUAAUUAAUUAUUGAUAAACAUUGUCUCAAUUUGUUUCUUUUAUCACUGACUUAGCUUGUUAAAUGUUAUUUAUGUACAUUUUAGUUAAUUUCUCAAUUUUGAUAUUUCUAUAGACUCUAUUAGUAUUUUAAUUUCCAAAGACAAAAUAUAUUUUUUUAAAUUUUGAUUUAUAUUGAAUACUGAAAUAAUUAUUUUAAUUCAAAACAUAGUCUGGGGGAAUGUGAAGAGAUACAAUAUCUUAUCUACUUUUAGAGUAACUAAAAACACCAUUUUUUCAAUAUUAGAUUUAUGUACAUAAAUCAUAUAAACAAAUUCUCUUUAUAAAUUUAAAAUCAAAAGUUUGAGUAAAUUUAGUUUACAGAGAAGUGGUUUAAAAUUAUUUGGGUGGAUUUAAUAAGCUAUCAAUGUAUUAUAUUGAUAAAUGUUUUUCAAAGAAAAAUUCCAAAAUUACUUAAUAUUAUACUUUUGCCAUUAAAAAAUUUACAACUUUGUAUUUAAUAUCAAAUACAAAAUAAUUGGUAAAUUAUUUAUUUUUAAAUUUACAUUGUACUUGGAUUUUGUAGAAUAGUACUGGUGUGGUUAUGAGUAUUCCAAUGCCAGGUCAUGGAGACAACAUUGAUAAUAAUAAAACUGUAAAUGAGUUGUUGAAAUUGAUUGAAGAUCAUGAUAUUAUAUUUUUGUUAACUGAUUCGCGGGAAAGUCGUUGGUUACCUACUAUGUUAUGUACAUUAUGCAACAAGGUAAUUAUUUAUUUUUUACUAUUUUAGCUUUUGAUCCAAUAUUAUAUAAUGUAUUAAUUUUUCCAUAGCUCGCUAUAACUGCAGCAUUAGGAUUUGACUCUUAUUUAGUACUUCGACAUGGAGUUAAAAUACAAGACAUUUCUUCCAAAGAAAGUAAAUUAGGUUGUUAUUUUUGUAAUGACGUCACAGCACCAGGAAAUGUAGAGUUCAAUUAUUUUUUUAGAUAAUCUUUAUUAUUAUUAUAUUUUUGUUUUACAGUAAAUAACUUAACAUAUUUUUUUUUUGAAGUCACUUAUAGAUAAAACGUUAGAUCAACAAUGUACAGUUACCAGACCUGGUGUUUCCUCCAUAGCAGGAGCUCUGGCAGUUGAAUUAUUUGUGUCAUAUGUUCAAUUAAAGUAUAUUUUUUAAAAAUUAUUCCUGAUCCAUAAUUCUUAAAUAAUAUAUAAUUAUUAUUUAUAGACAUGACGUGAUAGCAAAUGCUGAUAGCUGUUUAGGAAAAGUACCACAUUCAAUUAGAGGAUUUAUUUCUGAUUUUCAGCAAAUACAGCCAUUCACUCAAAGUUUUUCUCAAUGUAUUGCAUGUUCACCAAAAGUAAAUUUAAAUUCAAAUUAUAUUUUUAUUCAAUUUAUUCUCUAGCUAUUAUUUUAUUUGAAGGUCAUAAAUGAUUUUUUAAACAAAAAAGAAGAAUUUUUAAACAAUGUAUUCAUAAAUCCUAAUUAUUUAGAAGACUUGACUGGGUUAACAGAGCUUCGGAAUGAUUUUGAAAAAUCUGUAGUAUGUACAUUUAAAAUAUUCUAUCUAAUUAUAAUUCAUUUUUAAUAUUCAUAUUGUUGUUUUAGAUACUCGAGUUUAACGAUUCUGAUGGUGAAGUUUAUGAAACUGAAAACUGUAUGACAAGUAAUGGUUAAUCAUAUAAUUUAUUUGUAUAACUACAAGCUUAUUUUAUUUCUAUGGUAAUUUUAUAGAAUAUAAUAUUUUUUUAUUGAAUAAUAAAUUAUUAACUUAGGAUAAUUUUCAGUUAUUUAAUUUUUUUGAAAUAAUAUAUACCAAUGUAUUGCUUGUUUUUAAUAAAAUAUAUUUGCUUUGAAUGUAAAUAUAUAUGUAUAAAAAUGCAUGAUAUAUAUAUAUAUAUAUUUUAUUAUUAAUAAUAAAGUUUUGUAUAAUAAUUAAUUUGGGUCUUUAAUUGUACACAAUUAGUACUUAUAAAAGAUUAUCUUUCUAAAAUAUCAGCAGGUUUAAAGCAAAUUUAGAAAUAAUUGUUAAAUUUGUAGUAAAGUUUAAAUUGAAAGAAUCAAAAUUUACAAUAUACCUGUUCUCUAAAUAGCUAAAUAUAUUUGGCACUAACUUAAAGUUGAUAAUGAGUAGGUACAAUCUGGUUAUUUGGCUGUUUUGGCCGCAGCCAUCAUAGAUAAUCUAUAGACGAAAAGUGGUUUUAGCUGUUUAGGCAAGUUGUCUAAUAUUAAAAAUAAUGUAAAUAUAUUGUAGUUAUCAAGUAAGAACUUUAUUUUCUAAUGUUUAUCAAAAAUAUGAAAUGUGUAAUCUUUUUUUUU